AUGGCUAUACCACGGGUCAAACACUUCGAAAUUACAUUGACAGACGAAGGUGUGGCGAUUAUCGCAUUUAAUCGGCCUGCUCAUAGAAAUGCACUUAAUGGAGAAGUUUACAAGGAAUGGGAUCGAUCUCUCAUGUGGGCAGCUCAGUCACCUGAAGUCAAAGUUACCAUCUUGACAGGUAAAGGCAAGCUCUAUAUGGGUGGACACCAAUUGGCGUCAACUGCCGAUAUAGACGAAUCAAAGUCGAGAAAGGCAGUCAAAGAGUCGAUAGUUUGUGUUCAAUCAUUGUUGAAUACUUUAAUCAACUUUCCCAAGCUGCUUAUUGCUGCUGUCAACGGCCCAGCAAUAGGAAUUGGGAUGACAACAUUAGCUUUGUGUGACGUAGUGUAUGCUGUUCCUGAUGCUAUAUUUCUUACUCCAUUCAUGCAGUUUGGUUUUUGCGCGGAAGGAUGUUCAUCAUACACGUUUCCAAGUCGUAUUAUUCCACCAGAUAAUUUUAUUAGUGAUGUGGUUGCUAUCGCAACUAAAACGACGAAUUUUCCGCCUAUUGCAAUAUUCCAAACAAAGAAUUUAGUUCGCGCCCGCGAACGAGAGACUCUGAUGGCUGUUAAUAGAAACGAGUGCGAGGUGUUGCUGGAAAGGUAA